CAGCCACAGAAACACGCGUGACAGCUGCACUGUGGACAGGAGAGGAGAGCGCACAGUUCUCGCCUGGAAUUUCACCGCCACAGUCCGUGUUUGUGCUUUUUCUGUUUUUUUUUUUCCUUCCACGCGCAGCCUCUCCUUCUACCAUCGCAAUUCACACAAACACACACACAAACCUGACAUUUCCACGGAUUAUAAUCCGUCCACCGUUUAUUGUGUCCCCGCGGGGACUUGCUGCGACCGCGCACUGACGCUUUUUUUCGCCUCCUCGGACGCGCGCGCCAGACUCCGAUUUUUUGGGGGAUUUAAAGAGAAAAAAAAUAAAAAGCAGCGUCAGUUCGGAUGGAAGCGGGAUUUAAGGUGGGGUUUGCUCCGCAGGUAACUGGAAGAUAAACCCCCUCCACCACCACCACCACCUCCUGCUGCUGGUGCUGCUGCUGCUGAUGCUGAGGACUCUUGAGCAGCAGAUUCUGUCGCUCAUCAUCAUCAUCACGUCCCAUUUGGAUUUUCUCCUCCAGCACAGACUCAUCGGAAGGUGUGUGUUUGUGUUUUAUUUAAUGCGUUCAUUUGGAAUACACGAACUCACCGCCGUCACCAUCUGAGUUUAUCCAGCGUGAGACGAGCGGCGGGCGGACAGCGGAAAUAGGAUGAAGGCUCCGGCAUCAGCUUCAUUAGUGCCACUUUUGACUCCUUUGAAGUGAACCUUGGAGCAUCCAAAACAACACAGGAUUCUGGUGGCGUUUUUUUCCUCAGACCAGAUCAGAUCAGAAUGCUGAUGUGAAACCAGCGAUGGCGACCAGGACUUGAUAUCUGGAACCUGGAAUCGGAUCAAGAAUGGAGCGGCUGGUUCUGUGUGUUCUGCUGUGUGCAGCCCUGGUGGACGGUUACAGCUGCCCCGGCCGCUGCAUCUGCCAGCACCUCUCGCCGACCCUGACGCUGCUCUGCGCCAAGACGGGUCUGCUGUUCGUGCCUCCGACCAUCGACCGCAAGACGGUGGAGCUGCGGCUCACCGACAACUUCAUCACCAUCAUCCGCAAGAAGGACUUUUUGAACAUGACCAGCCUGGUCCACCUCACCCUGUCCCGCAACACCAUCAGCCAGAUCACACCACACGCCUUCGUGGGCCUACGCUCGCUGCGGGCGCUCCACAUGGACGGGAACCGCCUUAGUGUGAUAAAGAGCGACCACUUUAAAGGCCUCAUCAACCUGAGGCACCUCAUCCUGGGCAACAACCAGAUCCAUGCGGUGGCCACCACCUCCUUCGACGAGUUUGUCGCCACCAUCGAAGACUUGGAUCUCUCCAACAACAACCUGCGCAGCCUUCCGUGGGAGGCCAUCGCCAGAAUGGCCAACAUCAACACGCUCACGCUGGACCACAACCUGAUUGACCAUAUUGAGGCGGGGACGUUCACACUGCUCACCAAGCUGGUGCGCUUGGACAUGACCUCCAACCGGCUGCAGAAGCUGCCGCCGGACAGCCUGUUCCAGCACGCGCAGGUCCUGUCCGACGCCAAAGGCGUCAGCUCGUCCUCUCUGGUCGUGAGCUUCGGUGGAAACCCUCUCCACUGCAACUGUGAGCUGCUGUGGCUGCGCCGGCUCACGCGAGAGGACGACCUGGAGACCUGCGCCUCGCCGGAGCUCCUCAUGGACAAGUACUUCUGGUCCAUACAAGAGGAGGAGUUCAUCUGCGAGCCGCCGCUCAUCACCAAACACCUCGCCACAAAGCCCUACGUGAUGGAGGGACAGGGCGUGACCCUGAAAUGCAAAGCCGUGGGCGAUCCAGACCCAGAAAUCCACUGGCGGUCCCCAGACGGAAAACUGGUGCACAACAGCUCCCGCACUGUCCUGUAUGAGAACGGCACCCUCGACAUCCUCAUCACCACGCUGAAGGACAGCGGCGCGUUUAACUGCGUGGCGUCCAACGCGGCGGGCAUUGCCACGGCCGCCGUGGAGAUCAACAUGAUCCCUCUGCCCUUGUUUGUGAACAACACGGGCCACAUGCGCGAGGACCCCGGCCUCUCCGACAUCACCACCUCCUCCAAAUCUGGCAACGACACCAAGGGCUACGACAAGCAGGACAGGAGGGUGAUGGUCAGCGAGAUGACCUCCUCGUCCGCUGUGAUCCGCUGGCCCUCCGAGCGCCACAUCCCGGGCAUCAGGAUGUACCAGAUUCAGUACAACAGCUCGGCGGAUGAUACGCUGGUGUACAGAAUGAUACCGUCCACCAGCAAGAACUUCUUAAUCAACGAUCUGGCCGCUGGCCGCGAGUAUGACCUUUGUGUGCUGGCAGUUUACGACGACGGCAUCACAUCGUUAACGGCCACACGUGUGGUCGGCUGCGUGCAGUUCCACACGGCCAGCGAGGUCAGCCAGUGUCGCUUCCCGCACAGCCAGUUCCUGGGGGGCACCAUGAUCAUCAUUAUCGGGGGUAUAAUUGUCGCUUCAGUGCUGGUGUUCAUCAUCAUUUUGAUGAUCCGUUACAAGGCCUACAGUGGCCCAGAGGACGCCAAGACCAAGGUCAGCUCCAGCACGCACUCCCAGACCAACGGCAGCCAGCAGCGGCUGCAGCGCUCCGCCUCCAAACAGCCCUCAGACGAGGGGCAGAACGAGGCCCAGGCGCCCAAAGAGUGCAUGGCGAUGGUGCUGCGCGUGGACGACGAGAAGCGGGAGGACCCAACCGCGACCACCGCCAUCCUGGAGGUGGAGCUGCCCCCGCUGACGGCAGACAGGAUGAAGAGAAGAACCAGCCUGGACGCUCAUUGCUCCGGUCCGCCGUCUGAGGACACACAGACGGACAGUAGCCUGACGGGCUCCACCAUGUCGCUGUGUCUCAUCGGCUCCAGCGCCGGCACCAAGGAGGCUCCAAGGCUGAAGGACAAGAAAAGCACUCUCGCUAACAUGGGCCUGCUCCCGAACGAGCUGGCACGAACUAGGCACAGAUUCUCCUUUGACGGCGGGGAUUACUCCAUAUUUCAGAGUCACAGUUACCCGCGCAGAGCGAGGACGAGGUGGCACAAGUCCACCAACCAGCUCGACGUGGAGUCGUCGCCACUCGCCAACCGGAGAGUCACAUUCAGCAGCACCGAGUGGAUGCUGGAGAGCACGGUCUGAGGGCGGGGGGUGAACGUGUAAAAACAAAAACAAACAUGUCUACAUGCCAUAUGACGCACAUUUGUCCAAUAAACACAAGCACAUUCACGUACAUGGGGCAAACUUUCCUGCCAUUCUCCUGCCUCCUCGUCAUAAUCCCAGAGAGGCUUCGCCGGCCAUGUCCUGUCUUUACGCAGCAGUGCCUUAUUCUGAAAAACACACGUACGAAUGGAGGACGCUGCUCACUGUCGUCACAAAACUUUUCUUUUUCUCUCUCUCAUUGAAUCCCACACUAAAAAAAACGGGGGAAGCGUCACUUUUGGAUUGAUUUUUUAUUUUUUUUUGUCCCGCCCCGUGACAUGCCAAGGGAGGCGUGGCCUGUGGAUGUACGUAACUGUUAUUUUCUAAAAAAAAAAGGAAAAAAAAGAAGAAGAUAAAUGAAAGAAAAAAAACUGUAGGUAUCCUGUUAUGUCGAUCAUGUUUUGUUUUUCUUUCAAAAAGAGUAAAUGAAUUCAAAAAAAACUUUUGCACAGAAGACACGAGAUACAAGGACAAGUAUCACCACCAGUCUAUACAAUAAUAAUGAGUAAAAUAAUAAUAAAAAAAAGGUUUUACACAUGCCAGUUUGUAAUGAUAGAGUAGAGAGGGACGGACGGACACAGAGAGGACGGACCAGAGACACAGAUUCCUCUCCAACAGUCGGACUUUUACCAUGUUAAAUAGAUAUUGUUCCAGAUGUGACUGUAUAUUAUUAUUCAGUUCUGUAUCUGGCUGGUCUAGAUAAAAAAACAAAAAACAAAGACGACAAACAAACAAACGAACGAACGAAAACAAAAAAAGAGACAUAUAUAAGUAUAUUAAAACAUUGGUGUAUGUGUACUAACUAUGUAAAGUAAGCAAGUCAUACGUCACAUGACUUUUUACAAAGCAUUCGGGUGUCGGCUGCGAGUUUUUACAUUAAAAACCUGUGUCAUCGCA